AGUCGUGAUUUGUACUCCGUUCUCUGGCAACUUUUAAUCGUUUGGUGCGUUUACUCAGUAGUAUUAUUUUAUUGGUUUGGUGUUGCUCACUGGCUGUUCUGGUGCAUCGGCACGUUCCCAAAAAACGUUAAUGAAAAAGCGAGCUAAAUGAACGAUUAUAAAUUUCCUGUUCACUAAAUAACAACAAUUUCAAGGAGCAGCAAAUCAAAUUUGGACUAAGACGUUAUUCAAAGCCAACUGUGCUUGCAAUUACUUAAAGCGAUUGGUGAUAAGCAAUAAACAACUGCGCGGAGAAUGACAUCGCUAAAUACGAUUUGAAUUGCAUAACGCCAUUGGGAAAUACACUGUUCGUGAAUCGAGUGCUUACGUAAAACCUCCAAUCAAACAAAUUAGGGUUCUGAUCGACACAGAAUCUAACGAGAUGAGCAAACUCCAGGUGAUAGUGCAUCCCGUGAAGAAGGAGUUCCAGCGAAAGAGCUGCGGAUUCGACCAUGAUACGCCCGAUGAUUUUGUCAAGUCGCAGUGGCAGUCAUGCACAAAGAGCAUGGCGUACUUGUUUUAUCGCUGGUUCAUGGCUCUGUUUUUUGUGGCCGUGGUAAUAAUUUCGAUGUGGCCAGAAGCAGAUGAUCUGAGCAGUUAUUGGCUGUACUUUAUCUACAUGACCAACUGGGGAAUAUGGAUGUGCAUGUUGACGAACGUGUUGGGUGCUGUUCUAGUCACCAUUUGGCAUUAUCACCCAGAAUAUGCGGAUAAACUCUUGAACAUAAAGAGUUUCUUUAGCUAUUUUCGACUGUAUUGGGGUAUGCAUAUCAUAUCCUUGGUCCUGUCCAUUGUCAUCACCAUAAUCUACUGGAGUAUUCUGUAUGAUGCUAAUGAAAGCGCUUUGGACGCCACGAACGUACUCACUCAUGCAUUUAACUCGAUUUGCAUGUUCAUCGAUCUGUGGAUUGUAGCACAUCCGAUGAGGUUGCUGCAUAUAUUUCUGCCAGUAUUAUUUGGAAUUGUGUUCGCCGUUUUUUCGUAUAUUUAUCAUUUGUGCGGAGGCAUUAACAAGAAAGGCAAGCCUUAUAUCUAUUAUGUGAUUGAUUGGAACAAGCCAGAAAACGCCUUUAUCACGGUUGUUGGCGUACUUAUCCUGUCCUGUUGCGUCUAUGUCCUGCUUUUUGCCUUCUUCAAGCUGCGAUUAUUCCUCCAUCGACGCUGUCGUAAUGCAAAUUUUGUACUGCCGACCAGUGCGAAAUCAAAUGGUCAAACAAAUGGAUUGGAAGAUAAAUCCGGAAAUGGAAUACAGCACUCGCCUUCGCGCAUUUCAAUGGUAUUGGGCAAUUUCGCUGGCUAUGAAAACCAGGCCUAUACGCCCACUGGUGAACUCCCAAACAAAGGCUAAUAUAUCUAAUUACAAUUUAGACUGUAGUGCUUAGUAAAAUUCAUUUCUAGAAUUUACAACCAGUGAUAUUAUAUAUUAUAGAUUUGUGUUAAGUAAAUAAAAUUGUUCUGUGGAGGA